AUGCCUCUAGAAGAGAGAACAGGAUUACCAUCAUUGAGACUGUGUGAUAGAGCAAAACUGAGAACAGAGGUUGGAAAUGUCAAUGAAGCCACCAAGAGGAUUGAAACUCACAACAUUACAGAACUGAAUUCUUUAAUGUACGCAGUGGCAUAUGUUACCACAGAAAGAAUGGGAAUAUUAAAGAAGAGGAAAGAAAGGAGGACCGAAGAACCAUUCUGGAAGAGGAGGAUUAAACAGAGUAUUGAAACAUGGAGAAAGGAUCUCAGCAAGAUCGAAGCAAUCCGAAGAGGGAACAUGAGAUUGAAACAAAGAGAAAGAGAACGAUUGAAUAGAAAAUACCACCUUGAGAAGAAUGGCACUUUGUACGUUUCAGACAUGUUGAAGCAGAAGAUUAAGACUCUGGAUGGAAAGAAUAGAGGAGGGAAAGAACAACUUGACCCAAUUGAAGCAACUACUUUCUGGAGAAAGAUAUGGUCAGAAGAGGUCAUUCACAAUGAGCAGGCUUCUUGGCUAGAGCAAGUUGAGCAGGAGUUCAGCGCAAUAGAGGUGCAAGAAGAUAUCAACAUCACCAUGGAGGAUAUUAGAACGGGAUCCAGGGCUACUGGUUUAAGAAGCUACCAGGAUUACCACCCUAGAUUGCAACUACACCUGCAAGACUGUGUGCGCCAAGGAAAUGUACCAGAGUGGAUGGUCAAAGGAAGGACAGUGCUCAUUCAGAAAGACCCAACGAAGGGCACCCAAGCUAACAACUACCGUCCUAUCGCCUGCCUACCCAUAAUGUGGAAGAUACUGACUGGAAUCAUGGGUGAGAAACUGUACCAGCACCUGGAGGGGAAUGGACUACUAGCAGAUGAGCAGAAAGGUUGCAGGAAAGGAUUGCGAGGAACGAAAGAUCAGUUGCUUGUAGACAAGGCAAUUCUAAAGAACUGCUGGAGAAGGUUGACGAACUUGUCAUGGCUUGGAUAG